UUGGUUUUUAAGGUCGGCUGCUUGCCUGACGCCAACCUGUUUUUCCAAACCGGGCUGGGAACCGGCUACGAUUCGUUAGGCGGGGUUGAACUUAUAGGAUCUUUGAUGAACCUUGCGAAAAUGCCUGCAUCGACUGUCCAGAUUCUGGGAGCCGAAAAGGCGCUCUUUCGUGCCUUAAAAGCCAAGCGUGACACACCAAAAUAUGGACUGAUUUACCACGCGCAUCUAAUCGGUCAUACACCGGCGAAAUUAAAGGGAAAAAUGUCACGUAUGCUGGCUGCGAAAGCAUCUCUGGCUUGUCGUGUUGACGCCCUUGGCGAAGGCGUGACCAGCGAACUGGGUGUCGAACAUCGCGCUCGCCUCGAACAGAGAUUGCAGUCACUUCAGGAACACGGUGUACAUGGCUUUUAUAAAUCUAAUUUUACGUGUGACUACGAGACCUACGACGUCAGGGCUGAUUCAACGAUGCCUCCCCGUAAGAAACACAUUGUCGAAAUCUCGACUGAUGAAGGUAAGAUUUUUGCAGUUUAAUU